GUUCUGUCAAAAGUUCCAAUGUAUCAAAAUCUCCCACCGCGUGUACUGCGCAUGCGCGACCAGCAGUGAGCGGUGUGGCGUUUCCGGUGCAUGGUGAAGCUGAUAUUACUAGUACAUAGGGCCUCAGACAGACUGCUUGAAAAAUGCCCAAAAAGAAGACCGGUGCCCGUAAGAAGGCAGAGAGUCGCAAAGAAAGGGAAAAACAGAUGAAAGCUGCUCGAGGCACUGUAGACCUUGCCAAACACCCUUGUAAUGCUUCUAUGGAAUGUGACAAAUGCCAAAGGCGGCAGAAGAACCGGGCUUUCUGCUAUUUCUGCAGUUCUGUACAGAAGCUGCCCAUGUGUGCCCACUGCGGAAAGACCAAAUGUAUGAUGAAAUCCUCAGACUGUGUAAUUAGACAUCCCAGUGUUUAUAGCACUGGUAUGGCGAUGGUGGGUGCAAUCUGUGAUUUUUGUGAGGCCUGGGUGUGUCACGGCAGGAAGUGCCUAAGUGUCCAUGCAUGCAGCUGUCCCCUCACCGCUGCCGAAUGUAUUGAAUGUGAAAGAGCAGUGUGGGACCAUGGUGGCAGGAUAUUCAGUUGCUCUUUCUGUUACAACUUCCUGUGUGAAGAUGACCAGUUUGAACACCAGGCAAGCUGCCAAGUCUUGGAGGCAGAAACCUUUAAAUGUGCCUCCUGCAAUCGCUUAGGUCAACAUUCGUGCCUGCGCUGCAAGGCUUGUUUCUGCGAUGAUCAUGCUCGUAGCAAAGUGUUUAAGACUGAGAAAGGCAAGGAGCCCCCCUGCCCAAAGUGCGGCCAUGAAACGCAGCAAACAAAGGAUCUCAGCAUGUCUACACGAACACUCAAGUUUGGCAGGCAGAGCGGAGCAGAUGAUGAUGAAAAUGGAGCUUCUGGUUAUGAGAAUUAUUGGAAGAAUCUGGCAUCUGGUGUCACCACUACAUACGAUGAUGAUGAUGAUUAUGAGGAGGAUGAUGAUGAUGAUGAGGAGGGUGAUGAGGAAGGCGAAAAGGAUUCUGAUACAGAGGGCACGGAUUUAUUUGGCCACUUGAACUUGGGAAAUACAUAUGCCAGUGGCUAUGCCCACUAUGAAGAGUCUCAAAACUGAGUUGUCUAAAUAUUGUGCACUAUAUUGAGAAUGUGGCAACUUCUUUCCAAGUUACCUUUUGAAUGAAGUAGCAGUGCCUCGUGUAUGUGUAUGAUUAAAGUAAGCCCAAACCCUAAUUGACAUAUAAGUGUAAUAAAGCACUGGGUAGUAUAAACUACUGCUGUGGAUUAUUUUCAUAAAA